AUGGACUACCUCACUAUCCUGACCUCUUGCUACAUCACCCUCUUCGCCUCUCCACCCUCCCACCGCUCCCCGUUCUCCUCCCCAUGCUCCUCUCCCACCUCCUCGUCUAUAUUAAGCAGCAUCUUGCCUCCCAAGCCCAUCUCUGUCCCCGUCUCGUCGAUUCUGUACAGCGAUAAUGAGACAGCGUGGUUCCUCAUGCGGCACGUUCUUGCGCCCCCUUUGCCCAACCCCUUUUCCCCUCUGGCUAACACUGGCAGCGGGUCAGUGGGUCGCGGAGACAACAAGAGAAUGGAGGAAGAGGCUGAGGUGAUGGUGUGGCGAGAGAUUGACCGAGCCAAGAUGUGCAUCCGAGCGAUUGGCGGGUGGUUUGGCGCGAACGGGGGAAGGAUCGGGCUGAAGGAGCUCGCCAUGCUGGGAGAGAAGUUUGGGGUUGAGGUAGUGGUCAAGGAGUCAGGAUUGAUCCAGAGGGACAGAAGCCAGACCAUCACUGCACAUUCCCACAGUCAUGGAAUUCGAAAUGACACUACGGUCAUGGUCUGAAGCAGCUCGCUCUGCCCGUGUCUCCCUCUCGUUCAUUCUCGGCUUUCUGGGCUAUGGAUAAAAAUCAAUCUUUUCGGUGUAGCACUAGCGGGU